CCUCCCAUAACGGGGAGGGGAGCUCAGCGCCGGUCACGUGGAGGGGAGGAGGGUGGUACCGUGCCGGGCUUAAAGCUUCCGGACCGAGCCUGCACGGGGCUUCGAAUGUUAAGAUGGAGCUACAAAUUGAGCACACGUGGGAUGGUUUACCCGUGAGCCAUGACCCAGUAACAAUUGCAUUGAAGCCUUACAAUGCAGGACUGCUAAUGCAAGUUAGUGCUCCCUUCUUCAAUGAUCCUCCAGCACCACUUGGAGCUGCGGGGAAACCCUUUAGAAAACUGUGGGACUAUGAAGUUGUAGAAGCAUUUUUCUUGAGUGACAGGAGUGAGCAGUAUCUAGAAGUUGAACUCUGCCCUCAUGGACAACACUUGUUGUUGCUGCUUUCUGGAAAAAGAAGAGUGUGGAAAGAAGAACUUCCCUUAGAAUUUGAUGUGACCAGGACGGAAACCGAAUGGAAGGGUAGAGCUUAUCUUCCUUGGAAUUAUUUUCCACCGGGCGUUAACAAGUUCAAUGCAUUUGCAAUCCAUGGCUCAGGAGAACACAGAAAAUAUGAAGCACUUUAUCCUGUGCCUCAACACAAAGUUCAGGAAGGACAGAAACCAGACUUGAGAGGAUAUCCUUGUGAUAUGACUUUCCAAUUGGUCAGAAGUUGUAAACAGUAUUUGGCUGGAGUGCAGAUAUGUUCUAAAGCAGUCAUCGCCUGGAAUUUUUCCAAGAACUGAACCUGAAAGAACUAAUGGGAGAAGACUGGAAGCAGCCUGAAUCAGAUAUAUGGAAGUCUCACAGCAAAUAGCAAACUGGAUUGAGGCUUAUGUUUUUGAUAGCAUUAAGUUUGGAUGCAGGUGUAUGAGAACAAGUUAUACUAGGCAGAAAUUGUAGGAGUGGGAUGUUGUUUCUGCAUUAGAACUAACAAGAUAAAUAUUUUACUAAUAGUUCUUUUCAGGAGAGCCUUUUUACUUCAUCAGGGGUCUCUGAUAGUCUUUGCAUGCUCAGCAAUAAGUAAUUUAUAGUCAUAGAGAUUAGGUAGAUGGAGUAACUUGUAGGUACAAAGACUGCAGCUCUUGUCUGUCCAAUUUUCUCAAAUUAGUUUUUAAAUUACAUUGCAUGUUUGUUAAAGCAAGGAAAACUGCCCCUCCUCAGUCAGUGGUUAUCAUCAGGUUAUGAUACUCACCUUUCAUUCUAAUGGCAAACUACUUGGUCCAGGACUUCGUGACUGGUUUGAAAUCCACAUAGUUUAAGUUCUGGAUGAAUCUUCUGGUGCAAACAAGCAGGCAUACACCAUACAGACUGUAAAAUCAUAAGUCAGAUAAACUAAGACAGCUCUACCCUUGGAUAAGUUUAAGGUUGAGCUUCAGUUCACUUGCUGUUAAUGAAUUAUAAUAACGUGGUUAUUGUCAGUGCCAAAAUCUCAUUUUUAAUGAACAAUUAUGUCAUAUUACAAAUCGUAUAAAACUAUGUAUGAAUUGUAUUAAACCAUCUACUAAACCA